AUGAGCACGGCAAUCCCGGACCUGCCGCUUCUAGCCACAGACGACUCUAUGUUGUCACGCAAGUUCGGCCGCGAAGUCGCUAAUUACUUUUCUGGUAGCCCGCUGAACCGAGUGUCAUUCUUGCGGGCAGAUCACGCCUUUUUGAACGCAGCAUUUGCUCAUCCAUCAACAUGCUUCUUGCUCCUAGAUAACUACUCGCCACUGGCUAAGGACACUACUACGCUCGCCUACGUCAACAAAGAAGACAUUGCGCCCUUGACUGGCCUGGAGCCUUUUAAAAAGGCUGAAGAGGAGCAGAUCAAGGGCUUCAACUCCGCCAUUACUCAGCCUAUUAUAUUAUUUCUCGGUCUUGAUGAGAAGAAGACUGGCUUUGAGUACCGCGACUAUAAGGGCAACCCUUACUUUGCCGUUGACGUCACGCCCAAGGGGUCAAUUGAAGAGAAAGCGAAGGGUGUGAUUGAAGCCGUCAAGGCGAAGCAUGGAGUAUCGUUCAUCCCGGGAGCUAGGCUCCUUACCUUGAAUGCCCCUGAAGCUGCAAUCUAUGCCCAAGCACGUGCACUGCUGGACUGGAAUGCACGGAAUCCUUUCUGUGGUGGCUGCGGUGAACGGACCAUGUCCAUCAACGCGGGCACGAAGCGAGUAUGUCCACCCACAGAUCUCGCGGGGGUUCCCGAGGGUGGCGAGCCCAAGCAACGCGCAGACUGCCCUACAAGACACGGCAUCAGUAAUCUCAGCUUCCCACGAACGGACCCCACAGUGAUUAUGGCGAUUGUGUCAGCCGACGGCACAAAGCUGCUCCUCGGCCGAGGGAAGAGGUAUCCUCCCGGGUGGUAUAGCACACUCGCAGGUUUCCUGGAGCCCGGGGAGUCGAUCGAGGAAGCGGUACGCCGCGAGACGUGGGAGGAAAGCGGUGUUCAUGUGUCGAGAGUUGUUAUUCACAGCUCCCAGCCCUGGCCGUAUCCAGCCAACUUAAUGAUCGGCGCGAUAGGCCAAGCCGCACCGAAUGGCGAGACUAUUAAUCUGGGAAACGACCCGGAGCUCGAAGACGCCAAGUGGUACACAUUCGAUGAAGUCAGGGAAGCGAUGAGUGUCAGCUCCGUUGGGUUUGGAGACCCGGUGUCCGAGAAACGAAAACUGCGCAUACCGCCCCAAACUGCCAUUGCGAAUCGGUUGAUGGCAGCUGUCCUUGAUGGAUACUUGAGUGCUUCGCCAAAGAUCUAA